AUGCUGUACACCGGGUACCUGCGCUCGCUCGCAGGGGUGAUGGGCGCGCAGGGGGGAUGGGCGCGCAGGGGGGAUGGGCGCGCAGGGGGGAUGGGCGCGCAGGGGGGAUGGGCACGUGGGAUGAGACGGGGGAGGGAGCACGAGGGACAGUGGCAGGCCGUGGGAAUGCUGUACACGGGAUACCUGUGCACGCAGGGGGGAUGGGCGUCCCUUUCCGCUCCCCGCCUUCGUCCUCGUCCCCGUUUCCUGCCACCGUCAGCCGCGCUGCUUUCUCUGCACUCCGCUCGCCCCGCUCUAGCGGGCUCGCAGCAGAGGAAAAACAUUCGGCGCCGCACCUUACACUCGCCUCACUCGCCCACUCCCUCUCCCCUCUUCCCCACUCUCUCCCCUCUCUCCGCUCUUCCGCACCCUAUCCCCUGGAUCCCCUCUCUCUCCUCUCUCCCUUGCAUCCCUCCCUCUCACUCCCUCUCCCACCCUUUCCACCCUUCCGCCUGUCCCCGCCCUCUCAGCCACUCAGUGCCACGGAAUUCUCGCAGCCGGGCCUGCCCUCGUGCACUGGACGCUGGCGCAGCAGCCAGGGAGGAGCGCAGGGGCGGGGAGAAGGAGGAAGAGGGGGAGGGAGACGGAGAGCCGGAGGAGGAGCGGGUGGGAGGAGCAGGGGCAGCAGCGACAAGCCCCUCUGCACCCACUGGCCAAUCCCUCGCACCUGCUGCCCUGAGAAUGCCCCCCUCUGCUGGGUGGCGUGACGCGGACGGUGACGCCAUGCCUGACGUCGGCAGCAUGUGUGACGUCAGCCUGCUGCACUGGCGAUGGAGGAGGGAGGGAGAGCGAGUGAGGGAUGUGUGGAGGGGAGGGAGAGUGGUCGUGAGGGGAGCAGAGAGAGAACGUGGUGGUGCUGGCGUUGAUGCCCGCUGUCUCGCGCUGCGCCUGAUUGGCUGCCUUGCUCCGCUGGCUGCUGACGUGGCACACGUGCAGGAGCUGGUGGUGCGGGCGGCGAUGGAAGCAGAGGGACAGCAGGAGGUGAGCAAGGGAGGGAGAAGAGAAGGGGAGGAGGGGAAGGGGGGGAUAAGGGGGAGUAGGAGCUCUCCUUGCGGCCACAUUCCUCUGUGUUGUCUCUGCCCCCUUCAUCCUCAAUCCCCCUUCUUCACCUCUAUUCCUCGCGUCUUUCCCUUCCCCGCCUCUCUCCCUUAUUCCCCUCCUUCCCUCCCUCCACUGUUCCUCUUCCCCCCACCCUCAGCUCUCUUCGCGCUCACCUUCCUCCCAUCCUUCGAUUAA